AUGAAAAACACUGUCACCGUCGCCGUCACCCAACAGGAACCCGAAUGGCUUGAUCUAUCCGCCUCUGUUGCCAAGACAUGUCGAUUGAUCGCUGAGGCGGCCCAGAAUGGGGCCCAGCUAGUCACCUUCCCAGAAUGCUGGAUUCCUGGAUAUCCAGUAUGGAUCUGGUACGUUGACAUGGAGAAAGACUAUUUAAAAAUCAGCAGAAAUGCUGACCUCUCAAGGUCGCGACCCGUUGAUGUUGAGAUGGCCGGGCGCUACAUCACCAACUCCCUGUCGUACGGCUCCGAAGAGAUGCAGCGAAUUUGCCAAGCAGCAGCAGAGCAUGGGAUAACAGUAUCCCUUGGCUUUUCAGAACGCGAUGGUCACUCGCUCUACAUUGCGCAGUGCACCAUCGAUACCACGGGCCAGAUCGUCAUGCAACGGCGCAAGUUCAAGCCCACCCAUAUGGAGCGAACUAUCUUCGGCGACGCUUCGGGUCGCAGCCUGCUGAAUGUCUCCAGCCUGCCAAUUGGUAAGGUUGGUGCUCUGGCCUGUUGGGAACAUAUCCAGCCUCUACUCAAGUACCAUACCAUGCUACAGCGGGAGGAGAUCCAUGUGUCUGCCUGGCCGCCAUUGCAGCCUCACUCGGGGGGGCAGAGCCUCUGGGGCAUGUCUGCUGAUGGUUGUUUGGGGUUGUCACAAGUAUACGCUGUUGAAUCUGCAUCCUUUGUGCUACAUACAACCGCCAUCUUGGGUCCUAAAGCCAUUGAAGCAAUGAAAUGCACAGAUCCAUUAUUUGGUAUUCCUGGCGGCGGUUCAUCGGCCGUCAUCGGGCCUGACGGGAGGCUCUUGACCAAGCCUCUGCCGGCGGAGGAGGAGGGGAUUCUCUAUGUAGACUUGAAGUCUGAUAUGAUUUUGGCCUGCCGGCAUUUCGUCGAUGCCUGUGGCCACUACAGUCGGCCGGACCUGCUGUGGUUGGGGGUUGAUACGACUGAAAAGAAGCAUUCCUAUCCAGCCCGAAAUGAGGAGCAAUGA